GAAGGUUCCAAAGACCAGAAGGGUAAAUUAGUAAUUACUGAUGUUCUAAGUUCUUCUCUCUCGUAGCAAAACCAGAGAGAGUCUCAGUAAAAUCCUCAAUCGGAGAUUAAUGUGGCAUUUAUGGUUAUGCUAGCGAGAUCAAAGCUUGUUCUAGAUGUGAGCAGAAGAUCACAUUCUUUUCAGAGAAUCUCCUAUUACGCGAUUAUCUCCUCUGGAUUUUGUAGCGGCGGCGAUGAUGGCGGCGGCUCACCGGAUUCAUCCAACGAAUGGGAGAAGCUUCUUAAACCAUUCGAUCUCGAUUCUCUCAGGAAUUCAUUCCAUAAGAUCACUCCUUUUCAGCUCUGUAAGCUACUUGAGUUACCUCUCGAUGUUUCUACUUCAAUGGAGUUGUUCUCAUGGACCGGUUCUCAAAAGGGUUAUCGUCACUCCUUCGAUGUGUAUCAAGUUCUUAUAGGUAAGCUUGGUUCGAAUGGUGAGUUUAAGACCAUUGAUAGAUUGCUAAUGCAGAUGAAAGAUGAAGGAAUCGUUUUUAAAGAAUCUCUUUUUAUUUCGAUUAUGAGAGAUUACGACAAAGCUGGUUUUCCUGGACAAACUACGAGAUUGUUGUUGGAGAUGAGGAAUGUGUAUUCCUGUGAACCCACUUUCAAAUCUUACAAUGUUGUCUUAGAGAUUUUGGUUUCUGCUAAUUGUCAUAAAGUUGCAGCUAAUGUGUUCUACGAUAUGCUUAGCCGAAAAAUUCCUCCAACGCUUUUCACAUUUGGUGUUGUGAUGAAAGCUUUUUGUGCGGUUAAUGAGAUAGAUUCGGCUCUGUCUCUGCUUAGGGACAUGACGAAACAUGGCUGUGUUCCAAACUCUGUGAUUUACCAGACUCUUAUACAUUCGUUAUCGAAGGGUAAUAGAGUGAACGAAGCGCUUCAACUUUUAGAGGAGAUGUUUCUGAUGGGAUGUGUUCCUGAUGCUGAGACGUUCAACGAUGUUAUCCUUUGUCUCUGUAAGUUUGAUCGGAUUAACGAAGCUGCUAAAAUGGUGAACCGGAUGCUGAUUAGAGGAUUUGCUCCUGAUGAUAUUACUUAUGGGUAUUUGAUGAAUGGUCUAUGUAAGAUUGGCCGGGUUGAUGCUGCAAAGGAUCUUUUUUACAGAAUUCCGAAGCCGACAAUUGUGAUCUUCAACACUCUUAUUCACGGGUUUGUGACUCAUGGAAGACUUGAUGAUGCUAAAGCUUUCUUAUCAGAUAUGGACACGUCUUAUGGCAUCGUUCCUGAUGUCUGCACAUAUAACUCACUGAUCUAUGGAUAUUGGAAGAAGGGUCUUGUAGGUUUAGCUCUGGAAGUUCUUCGCGACAUGAGGAAUAAGGGAUGUAAGCCUAACGUCUACUCUUAUACUAUUUUAGUUGAUGGUUUCUGUAAAUUAGGAAAGAUAGAUGAAGCCUACAAUCUUCUGAAUGAAAUGUCUGCCGAUGGACUGAAACCCAACACUGUUGGUUUUAACUGUUUGAUAUCGGCUUUCUGCAAGGAACACAGAAUCCCCGAGGCCGUAGAGAUUUUCAGAGAGAUGCCGAGAAAAGGCUGUAAACCCGAUGUGUAUACAUUUAAUUCGCUGAUAUCUGGGCUCUGUGAGGUCGACGAAAUAAAGCAUGCCUUAUGGGCCGGUAGGAUCGAAGAUGGUUUGACAAUGUUUAGAAAGCUUCAGGCUGAAGGAAUACCGCCUGAUACGGUGACGUAUAACACUUUGAUGAGUUGGUUGUGCAAAAGAGGUUUUGUUUAUGAUGCUUGCUUACUUCUGAAUGAAGGUAUUGAAAAUGGUUUUGUUCCAAAUGAUAGAACUUGGUCAAUUUUGUUACAGAGUCUUGUUCCCCAACAAAACACUUGAUAGACGAACGUUUUAUAAUGCAGUUUUCUGAAACUAUAUACAAUGAUAAGAGAAUAAAAAUGUUUGGUUAUU